AUGGACUUGGUCGUGGACGUGGACGUGGACUUGGACGUGGACGUGGACGUGGACGUGGACGUGGACGUGGAUUUGGUCGUGGACGUGGACGGAGUCGUGGACGUGGACGUGGACGUGGACGUGGUCGUGGACGUGGACGUGGACGUGGUCGUGGACGUGGACGUGGACGUGGUCGUGGACGUGGACGUGGACGUGGACGUGGUCGUGGACGUGGACGUGGACGUGGACAUGGACGAGGUCGUGGACGUGGACGUGGUCGUGGACGUGGACGUGGACGUGGACGUGGUCGUGGACGAGGACGUGGACGUGGUCGUGGACGUGGACGUGGACGUGGUCGUGGACGUGGACAUGGACGUGGACGUGGACUUGGUCGUGGACAUGGACGUGGACGUGGACUUGGUCGUGGACGUGGACGUGGACGUGGACGUGGUCGUGGACGUGGACGUGGUCGUGGACGUGGACGUGGACGUGGUCGUGGACGUAGAGGUGGAGGACGUGGAGGACGUGGACGUGGACGUGGAGGACGUGGACGUGGACGUGGACGUGGACUUCGACGUGGACGUGGACGUGGACGUGGACCUGGACGUGGACGUGGACGUGGUCGUGGACGUGGACGUGGACGUGGACUUGGACUUGGACGUGGACGUGGACGUGGACGUGGACGUGGUCGUGGACGUGGUCGUGGACGUGGACGUGGACGUGGUCGUGGACGUGGUCGUGGACGUGGACGUGGACGUGGUCGUGGACGUGGUCGUGGACGUGGACGUGGACGUGGUCGUGGACGUGGACGUGGACGUGGACGUGGUCGUGGACGUGGACGUGGACGUGGUCGUGGACGUGGACGUGGACGUGGUCGUUGACGUGGACGUGGACGUGGACUUGGUCGUGGACGUGGAGGUGGACGUGGUCGUGGUCGUGGACGUGGACGUGGACGUGGUCGUGGACGUGGUCGUGGACGUGGACGUAGACGUGGACGUGGACGUGGUCGCGGACGUGGACGUGGACGUGGACGUGGACCUGGACGUGGUCGUGGACGUGGACGUGGACGUAGACGUGGUCGUAGACGUGGACGUGGACGUGGACGUGGACUUGGACGUGGACGUGGACGUGGUCGUAGACGUGGACGUGGACGUGGUCGUGGUCGUGGUCGUGGUCGUGGACGUGGACGUGGACGUGGACCUGGACGUGGACGUGGACGUGGACGUGGACCUGGACGUGGACUUGGACGUGGACCUGGACGUGGUCGUGGACGUGGAUGUGGACGUGGACUUGGACGUGGACGUGGACGUGGUUGUGGACGUGGACUUGGACGUGGACGUGGACGUGGUCGUGGACGUGGACGUGGACGUGGUCCUGGACGUGGUUGGGGACGUUGAUGUGGACGUGAACGUGGACGUGGACCUGGACGUGGUCGUGGACGUGGAUGUGGACGGGGACUUGGACGUGGACGUGGACGUGGACGUGGUCGUGGACGUGGUUGUGGACGUGGACGUGGACUUGGACGUGGACGUGGACGUGGACGUGGACGCGGUCGUGGACGUGGACGUGGUCAUGGACGUGGACGUGGUCGUGGACGGGGACGUGGACGUGGUCGUGGACGUGGUGGUGGACGGGGACGUGGACGUGGACGUGGUCGUGGACGUGGUCGUGGACGUGGACGUGGAUAGUAUAAAUAGCGGACAGACUGCUCUCUCCGCGUGGCUGACGGGCAGCACAGCACCUCCGGAUGGCCAAGCAGGCCAUUCUAAUCGGCCCAAUUCUGCUUAUAACGGGGAUGGCUCGCCCGCCGUGUCAGUGUCGUGGGAGGACUGGCAGCGCGCGUACGAGCAGGCGCGAGGCGCGGAGGGCAGACAGCAGCAGGAGGGGCAUGUGAGAGGCGCGGAGAACAGACAGCGGGACGAGUGUGCGAAAGGAUUGGGUGUUGGAAACGGCAGAUGCGAGCAGAGCAAAGGCAGUGACAAUGGCAGUGGGCGAGGGGAGGGCUGGCAGCGCGUGUGGGACCAUGCGAAAAGCGUGGAGGGCAGAAAGCAGGAGGGGCAUGGACAGGGCACGGCGCAGGGCAGCAGGGAGAGGGACGAGUGGGGUUGGGUGGGGGGGUUAUCAACGCGGCAUGGAGAGGGUGGAGGAACGGAGGGGCAGGCACAGGUGGUGGGGAAAGGGCGAGACGUGGGUGGUAUGCAGGGGCAGGGGCAGGGGCAGAGGGAGGGGCAGGGAGUGGUUGUGUGUGAGGGCGGGUGGGAGUGGCUGCAUCGCCCCUCUGCCCCGCCUGUGUGGGAGAUGACUGGUGCUGUGGCGCAGCCUGUGUCUCAGCCUGAGGCACGCAGUGUAAGCACUGGUUACCAGGAAGCACAGGCAGGUGUUGAAGGAGGUGCAGAGGGGUGGAGGAGAACUGGCAUGGGUACAGGAGGGGCUGUAGGUAGGGUUGAGAGGAUGGGAGGGGAAGGGGAAGGAGACAGUGCAGUGAUUGGAGGGAGUGCAGGUGUUGGGGAUGCUGGAGGUGGGAGGAGGGGAGGAGGGAGGGGCGUGGUUGGGGCGGUGAGGGAGUGUGUGUCGCUGGAUUGGGUGCCGGAGAGGCUUCUAGUAAAGUUCCAGCAGAGAGUGGGGAUGUACCGACUCGGAUUCAACUUUCAGUUCCGCCAUUCCCACCACGACCUACCAGUCAACCCCUCUGUCCUCGCAACCCCGGUCUCUCUAGCCGUCUCUGCAUCGCCUAUCCACACUCUCACCAGCGCCACAGGCUUGAGGGAGAGCCGGCCCCUUAUAUCCGUCGGUCCCUAUCAGGCCUACCCCGCAGACAUCAGGAUCGUUGUCAAGCCAUCUGCUCCCUCUCCACCUUCCAAAGCCGCCUCAAAGCGCCCGGCACCCUCCACUGCCAGCCUGGCUACCAGGCUCGCGGGCAUGGUGACCCGUGUUGCCCGGGCGGCGGUGGGAGGGGGCAAGGUGCAGGUGAUGCCUGUGGCGGGCACGGUGCAGGUGGCAUCUGGACGGGUGGGCCUGCUGGGACUGGCUGAUGCUAGGGCUUGCAAGCAUGGUGCAUCGCCCCGGGCGGCGGUGGGAGGGGACGAGGUGCAGGUGAUGCCUGUGGCGGAUAUUGUGCAGGUGGCAUCUGGACGGGUGCGCCUGCUGGGACUGGCCUGCUGGGACUGGCCUGCUGGGACUGGCCUGCUGGGACUGGCUGAUGCUAGGCUGCAUCUCUCCCACCACUGGCCAUCCUCCACCUCGCACCUCCGCCUCCUCCUGCACAGCCCCUUCUCUGCUGCCCACACGUGCGCAUGCAGGUGGAGCAGCACUCGGCUCACACGGCCGCACAGCCAUUCCAGCAGCGCUCGUGGCAGAGAGACUCAACCUUGUGCGAGCAGGGGCGCUGGCUUAGCUGGUGGGAGCGACAUGAGCGGCAGUCAUGUGGAUACGAGCAGCGGCAUGAAUGUGCAUGGCAGUGGGAAUGGCACGGGUGGUAUGCGUGUGAGUACAGACGGUGAAGCCAGGGAAGGUGGUCUGUGGAGUGCAGGGAGGGGAGAGGUGGAGCAGCAGGGGAGUGGGGCAGCAGGGAGCGGUGGUGGUGUGGUGCAGGUGGCGAGGGCCAAGGCGUGUGUGCCGAUGUGGCAUGGCAUGGAUGUCAGACUCACAGGCUCCAUGCGGUACUCCAUGCCCUGGUGCAUCGGGUGA